AGGAAGUGGCAAACUCUUACAUUCGAAACCAUGCUUUGGAAAAGCAUUUUGCUGUCGGCAUGCGGCAUUUGCGCUGUCUCUGCGAGUCUCCAAACUACAUUGUCGAAGCCGGAACCUACUGAUCAGCAGUGGCUGAAAACUUUGCAAAAUGACGAGCUGAAAGGCUACUCCGUCCGUAUCAAACAGCCUAACUUUUGCGACGACGUUGUGCAGGUGAGUCUGUGGCAGUAUGCCAUUUGCCGGUAUCCAAUCAAGUUCGUAUAUGCUCAUUUCAUUCAUUAUCUGCUCUACCAAGUACUCCGGAUACCUUGAUAUCGAGGAAACAGACGAUCACUUUUUCUUCUGGUUUUUUGAAUCACGCUUCCAAUCGGUUUCAAGCGAGACCGUGCUCUGGCUCAACGGUGGACCUGGGUGUAGCUCGCUUACAGGACUGUGGAUGGAACAUGGCCCAUGUCUUGUCACAGCUGCUGGAAAUGAAACUGCUUACAACCCUUAUAGCUGGAACAACUUUGCCAAUAUGAUCUUUUUGGACCAGCCUAUCCAAGUUGGUUAUAGUUAUGGCAAGAGCCGAGUCGGAACAAGCGAACAAGCUGCAAAGGCUACUUAUGCAUUCUUGGUAUUGUUCUUUGAGGAAUUCCCUCAAUAUGCUGAAAAGUAUUUCCAUAUUUCAGGUGAAUCCUAUGCCGGCCAUUAUCUUCCUGCUCUUGGAAGAGAAAUUGUUAAGCGUCAACAAAGCUCUACACCACCCAACUUCCAAUUGGAUUCCAUGUUAAUUGGUAAUGGAUGGACUGACCCUCUCAUCCAAAUGGAAAAGUACAUCGAUUUUGGUUGUGAUGAAGAAACACCUGUGUUCGAGGAGGAUACCUGUGAUUCCAUGAAGAAGGCACUUCCAAGAUGCAAGAGGCUCUCAAAAUUCUGCUACGACCACCCCGGAACCUUAACAUGCCUUCCUGUCCUAGCCGGCUGCGCACCUUUGGAGUCAGCAUGUGGAAAGAACGGCCGAAAUCCAUAUGAUAUCCGUAAGAGAUGUGACGAAGGAAACUCGUUGUGCUAUGACGUUUUGACCGGCCUCGAAAUCUGGGCCAACCGACCUGAUGUACGCGCUGAACUUGGUAUUGACGAUGCAGUAGAGAAGUACGAGAGCUGCCAGAAUCAAGUUGGUUACCGCUUUGGCUUGACUGCUGAUAACCCCAAGAACUUUGCCCCCCUCGUUUCAGAAAUGCUUGCCGCUGGCAUCCGUGUGUUGAUUUAUGCUGGCGAUAAGGAUUGUAUUUGCAAUUGGGUGGGAAACAAGGCAUGGACUCUCGAGCUUGAUUGGACUGGCAAAGAAGGAUUUCAACAGGCUGAAGAUGAGGAAUGGUUUAGCUGGAUUACUCAAGAGCCUGCUGGCGAAAUGCGAAAGUACGGCAACUUGACCUUCCUUAGAGUCUACGAUGCUGGUCACAUGGUCCCUUACGAUCAACCAGAGAACAGCUUGGACUUCUUCUCCAGAUGGGUCAAGGAUGUACUUUAUUGAUGAUUUCCCCACUCCAUAUUUAAUUCCAUGUAUAAUCAUUGUGUCUAAUAAAAGAGGCAUCUAUCUAUCGUUGAAAUAUAUAG